UACGUCGAUCCACGCGCAUGGUUAACUAAAACAAUAUUUUCUUCACUUUUAAUUAUGAUUCUUCCUAUGAUUGGCAUUACACUGUAAUUGUGUAAUACAACUUGUAUCGCUUUAUUUGGCGAGCUACUGAGUCUGCGCACUAGGGAGCAAUAAGGAACUCAACUAUCAUUCUAAUAAAAUCCCAUGCAGAGCUACGUGGUUGACACAAACACAACUAGGCCAUUUUGCGUGAUCGAUUGUCAUUGAGUAACUUUACUUAGCUCGAUGUGCUACUAAAGGCUUCAUCUAACGUCAGAUCAAAUCAUCUCCGGGACAGGUACACAAAUUGAAACUACCUAGAACUUGGAGAAAACCAUGCCGAAGCCGAGCGCUUCCAAGGCGACAGGGAAAACCCGCAGGUUCAUCAGUGGUGUGGUGGAAGGCUUUUACGGGCGACCAUGGACUAUGGAACAGAGGACUGAGCUUUUCCAAAGGGAGAAGAAGUGGGGUCUGAACACGUACCUCUACGCCCCUAAAGAUGACUACAAACACAGAAUGUACUGGAGGGACCUGUACUCACCUGAGGAGGCAGAGAAACUGGUUGCUCUGGUAACUGCAGCGAAGAAGAACGGGGUGGACUUCAUCUACGCCAUUUCCCCUGGACUGGACAUCACAUUCUCCAACCCCAAAGAGGUUGCCACCCUGAAGAGGAAAUUGGACCAGGUGAGUGGGUUUGGCUGCAGUUCCUUCUCCCUCCUCUUCGACGACAUCGAGACAGAGAUGUGUCCGGCGGACAAGCAGGCAUUCAGCUCGUUCGCCCACGCCCAGGUAGCUGUCACCAACGAGGUGUUCACACACCUGGGACAGCCUGACACCUUCCUCUUCUGCCCCACAGAUUACUGUGCAGCAUUCUGCACUCCUAACGUCUCCCAGUCGGCCUACCUUCACACUGUGGGAGAGAACCUCCUACCUGGGAUUGAUGUUCUCUGGACAGGACCUAAAGUGGUGUCGCACCACAUCACGGUAGAGUCCAUUGUAGAGGUGUCCUCCGUCCUGAAGAGGGCGCCGGUUAUCUGGGACAACAUCCACGCCAAUGACUACGACCCCCAGAGAAUCUUCAUGGGACCAUACAAGGAUCGUCCCACAGACCUGAUCCCCAAGCUGAGAGGGGUGCUGACCAACCCUAACUGUGAGUACCACCCUAACUUCGUGGCGAUCCACACCCUGGCGACGUGGUGCCGGUCUGAAGGAGGAAGAGUAGGAGGACAGAGAGACGUGGAGAUGAGUGGUGGUGAUGAUGAUGAUGAUGAGGCAGGCUCAGACCCCUGCUUCAGCCCCAAGAGAGCCCUCACCCUGGCCCUGACUGACUGGCUACAGGAGUUCCUCAGCACAGACCAGCCUGGAGGCCCUCGACCUCUGAACCCCACCCACCUGAAGAAAGAGUCCUCUGACGAGGAGCCCAUGCAGACUGAUGUGGGAGACCCCGUGUACGUGCCAGGUUCUGGGGACAACCCCCUGUUCACUGCAGAACCCCUGACCCUGGACGAUCUCCAGCUUCUCUCAGAACUGUUCUACCUGCCGUAUGAACACGGUUCUACUGCUAGAACCAUGCUGACGGAACUGGACUGGCUGAAAGCACACAGAGAAGCAGUGGGAGAUGCAGAGACUGAGCUG